GUCAUCUUUUAUAACGUUUUGCCGCUUGGGGGUUGAAGUUCUGAGUUUUCAAAACUUUCAUUCCAAAUCAACAUACAUGUUUGUUUUUUAAUGACUAGGGUAAUUGUAUCCUAUUUCUGAACAAAUUGCAGUGUAUUUACACAUUGGUUAAGCUACAUUCAAUGUCCCAGUGCAGUACAACAAUCACAUAAUGGCUGGUAAGGCGUUAAAGUGGAAAAUAGUGGCAGAUACCACUGGACCUCAUCCUCGGCCAAGACAUGGACAUCGUGCAAUUAUUAUUAAAGACUUGAUGGUUGUUUUUGGUGGAGGAAAUGAAGGGAUUGUUGAUGAGCUUCAUGUUUUUAAUACAGCAACAAAUCAAUGGUUUAUUCCAAUUACUAAAGGUGAUGUACCUCCAGGAUGUGCUGCUUUUGGUUUUGUAGUUGAUGGAACCAAAUUACUAGUUUUUGGGGGAAUGGUAGAGUACGGAAAGUACAGCAAUGAGCUUUAUGAGUUGCAGGCUGCAAAAUGGGAAUGGAAGAAACUAAAACCAAAAGAACCAAAAUUUGGCAAUCUUCCUUGUCCACGGUUAGGACAUAGUUUUACUGUAGUAAAUUCAAAGGUGUAUCUCUUUGGCGGAUUAGCAAAUGAUAGUACAGAUCCCAAAAACAAUAUCCCGAGAUACUUAAAUGAUCUCUUUACAUUGGAUAUAAAAAGUAACCCUAUGCAAUGGAAUCUCCCCCAAACCAAUGGUCCAGCUCCCACUCCAAGAGAAUCUCAUUCCUCUGUGGCAUAUGUGGAUAAAAACAAGAACUCUUUUUUAAUCAUAUAUGGAGGUAUGAGUGGGUGUAGGUUGGGUGAUUUGUGGUUUCUGGAAACAGAAACAAUGACUUGGGUCCAACCCCAAGUUUCAGGAAUUUCACCUCUACCGAGAUCUCUUCACACUUCCACAUUAAUUGGUCAUAAAAUGUUUGUUUUUGGGGGAUGGGUUCCUUCAAAUCUGUCUAAAGAUGUAAACGCCAUUGAAACAGCGUGGAAGUGUACAAAUACUUUGGCAUGUCUCAAUUUAGAAACGAUGAGCUGGGAUGAAAUCAAUAUCCAACAACAAGCUGAUCUACCUUGUGCCAGAGCAGGUCACUGUGCAGUGGGAAUUAGUACUAGGUUGUAUGUAUGGUCUGGUCGAGACGGAUAUAGAAAAGCCUGGAAAAAUCAGGUGUGCUGCAAAGAUUUGUGGUAUUUAGAUGUAGAUAAACCUCCUGCUCCUAGUCGUGUAUCUUUGGUUAAAGCAGGAACACAUACCCUUGAAGUCAAUUGGACUGGAGCACUAUCUGUGCAGACAUACAUCUUACAGAUACAAAAAUAUGAUUUACCCCCACCUGCUGCAUCGAAAACUCCAGCAACUGCUGCACCAGUAAUUCCAUCUUUGGUAACUGUACCAAAAGUAAUUGCUCCAGUUCUAGCCAGUUCACUUCAGACUCAGCCUACUACAUCUACACCAACUAUUAAAGCAAUUUCAAGUACUAACCAGGUUCAGUCACCUAAAAUUAUUUCACCAGUUGCUACAAGAGUACCACAAAUGAAGAUUCAAGGUACUACAGGAACUAUUAUCAGAGAUGGCAGUCCUCAGGUAGCAGGCAAACAAUUAAUAAUGAAACAAGGAGGCAAUAUUAUCCAAAAGGCGGGAGCUCCACAGCAAGUUAUAACUUUUGUCAAAACUAGUGCAGGUAUGACGUUGGCGACAAUACCAAAAGGGAGCAACGUGGUUCAGGCAAAACCAAAUGUUUUACCUCAAUCUCCCAAAAAUACCAUUGUGAAAAUUAUACCAACCACGGCAGCAAAUAAAGUUCAAACAUCCAUAAAAACGAUUCCAUACCAUUUGGAUAAGGCGACUGGGAAAUUAGUUCCUCUCAAAACUAUGGGACAGAUUCCUACAAUCGGCAAUCAACAAGUUCUGGUAAUGAAUUCAAAUGCAGGUUUGAAAAAUAUACAAACAUUAAGCAAUGCACAGUCUCUAAAUUUGAGUCCUGUAAAAACCACUUCUAUAAAUACUCAACCAAUCGUAACUGCAGCAAAUUUAACAAACCUAACAAAUCUACAAGGCGUUAAGAUUGCUGGCAAACCUAUUACCAUAUCAAUGCCAAUGCAAGUUGUUGGAUCUCCUAAGACAGUCACUUUGUCAAAAAAUACAAAACAGGUGAUGAUCGGAGGGAAACCAGUUACUGUACAGAUGGCGACAGGUACUAACAAAACACUGACAUUGGUUCAGCCUAAUCAGUCUGCUGCAGUAGGCAAGAUUGUCCGAUUGCCAAUAGGUUCGACAAUAAAUCACUCUGGUAACAGCGGUGAACAACCAAAACUAAUGGUAAUUUCUCGUCCCAAACAACCAAAUGCAAAUAUAGCUUCGACUUCCUUUGAUAGUCCAGCCACAACAGAUGCAGCACUUGCUGCCAUAGCUGCAGAAGCUGGUCUGAUAGAUCCUGCACCUGAGGGAGGCGUAGGAAAAUUAGAUGGAUCUGAGGGAAAUGCUACACAAACAGUAGUUCUUUCGCAGGGAAGCAGUACAUCCAAUGUUGCUGCUCCUGUGCAAGUCUUAGGAUCUGGUUCUAUUAUGCAGCAACUUGGGUUGAAAGGGGGUGCUAGAUUCCAAAGACCACCUAAAAGCUUUAGGUAUCGUUUAGGAUUGUAUGGAGGUGGUGGCGUGGAUGAUGUAGAUGAAGAAAUGAAACCUUCAACUACAACAGCUGAAGCUGAUUCUACGCAAGCUACCGUCAAUGAAAUUGCGCCCUCUUCUUCUAAUGCUGAAAUUAUAAAAAUGGACUGGGAGUCAGAUUCAACACCUAAACAAUCUGAAGAAAGCUUAAGCGUUGAGGCAAAAUCUGACUCAGAAACAAAAUCGGAAGCCGAAGCAAAACCGGAAGAAACUACACAAAUUGAGGCUGAAUCAGAGGCUGAUAUAGGAACAGACGUUGACAUGAGAUUAGAAACUGAAGAACAAUCAGGCAGCAAAGACAACUUGGAACCCGAGACAAGUAAAAACACAUUGGAACCUGAGACAAGUAAAAACACAUUGGAACCUGAGACAAGUAAAAACACAUUGGAACCUGAGACAAGUAAAAACGCAUUGGAACCUGAGACAAGUAAAAACGCAUUGGAACCUGAGACAAGUAAAAACACAUUGGAACCUGAGACAAGUAAAAACACAUUGGAACUUGAAGAAAAGUCGGAGAGUGAAAACAAUUUAGAAGCUGAUAAAAAACCAGAAACUGAUGACAAAUCGGAAGCUGAAGAAAAAUCUGAACAGUCUAGUCAGAUAGAAUCAGAUAUUACAAAAUCUCCAGAGGAGAAUCAAGCCAAGUCUGAGUCUGGACCUGAAGAAACGAAGUCGGAAAUGGAGACUGAUAUUAAAAAACCAGUUUUGGGAGACCUGUCUUCCAGUGACUCGGUGAAAAUGGAAGUAGACAUUAAAAAAGAAGAACCAUCAAUUGAUCCAAAUUGUCACACUUACAGUCAAAAUAUCACAACUUUAAAAACAGAUGAAAUGGUUCCCGAAGUGAAAAAAGGAAUUCUUGCACUUGACGAUGAUCCUCUAGCAGCCUUAGCUACUGCUGCCUUGGCUGAAAAUAAUUCCCAUGAUCCUGAAGUGCCUCUUAAAGACACUUGGUAUACUGUCGGCUUCAUUCGAGGGAAUAGUUGUGAUGUAAAGAGUUAUUUCUUGUUAAAUGAAGACACUGAGAAUCUGACCUUAGACACUUUGCCUUCUACUGUAAAUUACCCCGCGGGAUUCAAUCUUGAACCGGGCACUGCAUACAAGUUCAGAGUCGCAGCUAUCAAUUCAUUAGGUCGAAGUGAUUGGAGUGAGGUAUCAGCGUUUAAAACUUGUCUACCGGGCUUCCCAGGUGCACCUUCUGCAAUCAAAAUAACCAAAUCGGUAGAAGGCGCAAAUUUAUCUUGGGAACCUCCUAGUGCCAACCAAGGUGAAAUAUUAGAAUAUUCUGUUUAUUUGGCUGUGAAAGCAAAGGAUAAGGUUAAUACCAAUGCUGGUCAACUGGCCUUUGUACGGGUUUACUGUGGCCCGAAUAACAAAUGUGUUGUAAGUAACAACUCCUUGUCUGCUGCCCAUCUAGACACAACGACGAAAGCGGCGAUCAUAUUCCGUAUUGCCGCUAAAAACGAAAAGGGUUACGGACCCGCAACCCAGGUUAGGUGGUUGCAAGACGCAUCAUCCAAAACAAAGCGUCUUGCAGAUUCCUCACCUAAGAAAGUAUGAUAAAGAAGAAAUGUAAAAAUAUACGACGGUGUGUGAAUGUGGUAAAAAUAUAAAUAUUGGUUAUUUGGAUGUUGCGGGUUCGGAUUUGCAAUUGAAAAGUACUUUCUUUUUAAGUAUUAACUGCUUGACGAUUUGCAUCUUCGAAAACUUGAAUGGAAGUCUUAUAAGGUAUUAUUAGCAUUAUGAAACUUUAGUUUUUGUCAUUUAGUUUGAUGUAGUUAGUGAUUUUAUAUAACUGAUCAAAGCGAAAAAGGAUCCUCUUAUAAAGAUGUUCGUAGUUUUGAACUAAUUCUUUUUAUGAUUAUAUUAUUUUUAUUUAUUUACAUCUAAGGCUUUUAGCUAUAAAUGUAGCAAAAUUAGAGUUAUUUUUUUUAAUAAGAGUGUUGCUAAAAAUUAUUUUAAAACAAAACUAGCGUGUAUGGGCUCCUCUAACUCGUUAGAGUUAGUUUCUUGAUCUAGUUGUUCCCCUUCUUUCACGAUAACUUCCUCGACAUGUUGUGUUUCUUGGUGGCUGACGAUCCUUCAAGCGCUUCCCUAGUGUAUUUCAAAUACGUUCAAUGGUAUUUAAACCUGGACUCGUUGCUGGCCACUCCAUAAUCUGAAUAUUGUGGGUAGUCAAAUAAUUUUGCACUAUCCUGGCCACAUGCGGUCUCGCAUUAUCUUGCUGAACGAUAAAUUCUAGACCGAUAUUUUCAGCAAAUGGGACAGCAUGUGGUUCAAGAUCUUCGUUAAUAUACCGCUCUGCCUUCAUCGCCCCUCGCUGACUAACUACUAGGUCAGAGCAGCCAUUUAAAGUUAUCCCACCUCAAACCAUAAUUGAACCUCCGCCAAAAGCCUGGGUUUCUUGAAUUGUGGAAUUCAAAAAGCGCUCGCUUGCUCUCCAGACUCGUCCGCCAACAUGAUUUAAAAGAAAUUUGGACUCGUCAGUAAACAUCAGGUUACUCCAUUGUGGUCCAAUUCAUGUGUUCUUCUGCAAACAAGCGUCUGGCUCCACGAUGUGCAGGGCUCAAAUAAGGUACUCCAGCAUUUAACUUAUGUUCGUGAAGCCGAUUACGUAUUUGCGGUGUGCAAGUACUUGGAGGGGAUACGAGAAACGAUCGUGUGCGAAAAGCGGAGAAUUCUUGUAACUUGCUUAAAUAAUUCAUAUUGUCAAUUGAAAUUGUCAAAUUGACGUAUAUUUCAUACCUACUGUCAUUGAAGAAGAAAAAUUAUAUGUUGCUCACAAUAUUAAUAUGAUAUGCAAUUAUUAUAUAAAAGUAUAUUUAAUUAAUUGUAUUUUGCUUGCAGUGCUGCAUUUUAAUAACUAAUUUUAUUUAUUGCCAACCGUCACUAAAGUCAUUCAUUAUUGUACUCAUUUGACGCCAUUUGCGGCAGUAAAGUAACACUUUAUUGUACUGAAAGAAGAAUUUAACUUUACCUGCCGCGAAUAAUCAAAUUAACUGAGACUGAAUGUAAGCGGUCGAUGGCAGUAAUCGAUUAUUUAUUUGAGUGAACUUAAAAUUUAUUUACUUUAAUUAUUAAAAAUAUUGUACAAAAUUUGCGUUAUUAUCAAUUAAAAUAUGUCAAAAAGUGAAAUUCUGUAGUAUUUUGUAAAUAUAUUCAUAUAAAAUAAAUUAAAACUUUACCGAUUUAGUAAUUAUUCAAUAUUGAUAACUAUCGAUUAAAAAUCGAAAGCGGCCAUCGUGCAGAAGUUAUCUGUCAUCACUGUCAUGAAAUUAUUAGGUCUAAAAUUUAAAAAGUUGUUCUGAAACUAUUUUCUUGUGGCAUUUUUACAAUUUUAACUAUUUAUAAUGGGAAAUAAGCCACAAUAUUAUUAAAAAAUGAUUUUUUUAUUAACGUUUCGACGCCCAAAUCGGGUGCCGUUGUCAAAAUACAAAAUACUAUUGAAUAUUUUUUAAUAAUAUUGUGGCUUAUUUCCCAUUAUAAAUAGUUAAAAUUUAAAAAGUUCUUAAAUUGUAAAUUGCAAGUAGGUAAAUGUUAAAACCAAUAUCAAAUUAUUGUAGAAAGUGAAAUUGUAGAUAAAAUAUAUUUUGGCAUUAUCCAAGCUGUCAGGCUUUCAGUACAUACUUCAUUUUCCAGUUCUUCAUUCAGGGAUUAUUAAAAUUAAAGAUGAUUAAUUUUAUGAAAUAAUGAACAUAAUCAAAUUAAAAAAAAAAUGUGUAGUGUUAUAUGAAAUUUUGAAGAAGCUAAAUAAGCGACAGAUUUUUAUUCAAUUUAUUUUAUAAAUUUUAUAUUAUUUUUAAAUAAUUACAGAGCCCAAACUCGUACGUAGACAACUUUAAGGUGCGAAUCAUCGGAAUGCAACUUCCAAGUUGAUUUCCAAUCAAAUUAUGUUGGCGAUAAAAUUUUGUAUGCACCACGUCAGUAAAGAUUCUUUAUCGAACUCGUCUGUUACUCGCCUCGCUCGCUACGCUCGCUCUUCUCGUAAUAUCAAGACUCGUUCGAUAAAGAGUUACUUUACUGACUUCGUACAUAAAUAACUAUUACUACAUACAAUUGUUUACCUUUUAAUAACAUAACCCAAUGCUUACUUUUUUUUUCUUAUAAUCUUUUUUGGGCUACGGCCUUGACAAUUAUCCAGCAACCAGGACCAAUAUGAUUGGCGAAAAAAGUUGCUGAGCUAUGAAACCAGGUGUCGUUUUUUCGAACUUGCACGGUCCCAGUAGUUUUGAGUAUUUACUCUUAUACCAGUAGCUUCUACCAACUCAUUUUGUAGCAUUCGAGCAAUACUUCAACAUUGCUAAAGUCGAUAUUCUCUAGCUAUAUUCGCCCUUAUACGAUGCAUAUAAGGUUGUCUUCUAAUAACUCCAUACAUGUCAUGUCUGGUCCAGGCUCGAUUGAUUGAAGCACGACUAACAUUUAACAUUUCCUACCAAUUUGAAUCUCUGUGAGAUAGACUCUGCAUCUUCAGGGCCUCCCAAGCACAUCAAAAGCCAUCAUUAAUUGUUAACAACUUCAACGUAAAUAUCGACAGAAAUUCAAAAACGGAAUAAAUGUGAUUCGAACAUGUUAUUAAGUUUUGCUUUUUAUUAAAUACGAGAAAAACGAAGAUAAGAAAAUUGUUUUUUUUUUUCUAUUUAUAAAAACUAUAUCGCUUAUGCACGAGAAAAGUGUCAUAUUUCAAAAUUUUGUCAAAUUGAGGUAAAUACACAAAAAAUCGAAAAAAAAACGGCGAAUUUUAUGAACGUAGUGUCAUAACUAAACUCCGAAUAGUUUCCGUGAGAUGGGAGGAAAUGACGCUUUACCGGUGUAGAGGUCGGAUGGUUCGUCUAUUGAUGUAUCGACAUAAUUCAGUUGAGUGCGAGACGUUGUCGAGGUAAGAACAUGAUUUUUUUUAGUAAACCGUCACAUUUAAAAUUUCUAAUAAUUUGCUAUGUGGCUUGUUUCUAGUUUUAUCUUGAAAAGUGACAUAUUUGACUUAUUUCUACAAAACCUUCCCAUUUUUUUUAGAUGAAAAGUGACACAUUUGACCAGAACUAGAAAAAUAUUGGGUAAUUUACCGUCAAUAUAAGUACAGGUUGUAAAGACCAUUCCGAGGCACCACACUGCCAAGGUUCUACAGUAAAUUUUUAUUGUAUGGAGCUACAAGUUGAAAUUAAAAAACCGACAUGACAUUAAAAUGGGAAUAUCUCAGAAGUAGUUUUUUUGAAAUGUGACACUUUUCUCGUGCAUAAGCGAUAUGUAUACAGGAUGCACAUACAUAACAUAUUUUUUAAGUUCCUACCUAAUGUAAUACAUUUACAUUAAAUUUACAAUUUACAUUAAAUUUAAGUUAGUGGCUUCUUUUUCGUUUUGAUAAGUGUAUUUUUAGUUAAAUGUGAUUUGUUACAUUUUGUAAAUAUGAAUGUUUAAUGUAUAUUGUUGGCUUUUGCCUGUUAAAUAGGUGAUUAGUAUAAAGUGAAUCAGUGAAUGAUAUUUGUUUUGUAUCAUUUUUAGUGUAUAAUUACAAACAUACAUGUAAGGUUCUUACGAUAUUGUAAAUAUACGUCAUAUAUUUUGAUGAAGCAA